CUGCAUUUCAUAUGCUGCGGAUGAUCACUCGCACACAGUCUCUGUUCUUUUCUUUAACCUUCUCACAGCUUAUUCUCGUUAAUCGUUCAACGAUCAUAGAGUCCAAUGUCUGGUUAUUUUGAAGACGACGAUGGAAUAUAUGAUGAAGACGACCUUCUAUUACAGAAUGAGUUAUCGCAACCAGACGAAUUCGACGACGAUCUAACGAUCGAUGAGCUUUUGGAAUCGUUGGAAGCCUCUUCUUCGACUAGCGCGAUCCGCAAAACUAGCAACAACGAUAUUGAACGAUCUGAAGAAGCUGCUGCACAAAACGAUGGUCAACAAUCAAGUCAAACUUUGCGCUCACGAUUAGCAGGACUUGCUGCCACGAAGGCGGGUAUGGAAUCAAUCGAUAAAGACAGAGUGAAUCAAAUCAUUUAUGAAGCCUCCAAGGGUUCAGCAUUUUUUGAAAAUGAGCGUCGUAAAGAUCAAGCCUUGACAGAACGUAUUGAUGCCAUGUUGGCUAAAUAUGAGACAAUUCGAAACCUUGAUUUAUCACACGAAGAAAAAGUCGUCGAUAACAUGAUACGCGAAUUGGAAAAUGAGCGAGAUCUGACCCAAUAUAUCUGCCAUGUCGAUAUGGAUGCCUUUUAUGCUUCUGUCGAAGAACUGGACCAACCUGAAUUGAAAACAGUGCCCAUGGCUGUUGGUGGUAUGGCCAUGCUCAGUACAAGCAAUUAUGAGGCUCGCAAAUUCGGUGUACGCAGUGCUAUGCCUGGAUUUAUUGCUCUCAAAUUGUGUCCGCACCUCAAGAUUGUCAAACCUCAUUACGACUGGUAUCGUACUGCCUCGAACAAGGUUCGGGAUGUAUUUAUGAAAUAUGAUCCUAACUUUUCACCCAUGAGUCUCGAUGAGGCCUAUUUGAACCUUACCAAUUAUAUGAACGAACAUAAUAUGACAGCAUCCGCAGUUGUACAGCAAAUCCGAGAUGAGAUAUCUCAAAAUACCCAACUGACAGCUAGUGCAGGUGUUGCAGCAAAUAAAAUGCUCUCGAAAAUUUGCAGUGACAUCAACAAACCUAAUGGCCAGUUUGAUCUUCCUAAUGAUCGUGAAGCCAUCCAUGACUUUAUUCAAAAGAUGCGUAUUCGCAAGAUUCCUGGUAUUGGACGGGUCACUGAGCGUGUUCUUGCUGCGCUGGGAGUUGAAACAUGUGGUGAUGUUUAUAGACGGCGAGCUGUUUUAUAUAGACUUUUGAGCCCAAUUAGUUUUAAAAGCAUUUUACAGUCGUUCCUUGGCAUGGGCUCCACUACUGUCAAAGCAUCCAGAUCUCAGAAGAGUAUGAGUGUUGAAAGAACCUUUGCCGUAAUAUCUAGCAAGCAGGCAUUAUUCGAUAAAGUAGAUGAACUCGCUGUCUUACUUGAAAAAGACUUGGCCGAGAAACGAUACAAGGGCAAAACAGUUGGUAUCAAGAUCAAAUUGACAUCAUUUGAAGUAAGAGUACGGGCGAAAACUUUGUCGUAUUCGGUAUAUCGAGCAGCAGAUAUUGCACGUGUUGCCAAAGAGUUAGUUGCUAAAGAAAUGCCGGUCAGUCUGCGAUUGAUGGGGGUAAAACUGUCGUCACUGGAGAGUACAAAUGAUACUACAACUGUCAAAAAGUUCUUUUCGCGAGUGGACCAAACGGCAGAGCAGGUUCCAGCAAAACGGGCUGCAUCGGCUCCCCCAGCAGAUGAUUAUGACGGUGAUGGUGAUGAUGAUAACCGGCAUUCAGGUAUCAAUGAAGACGGCAGCGACGACGACCGAGAACCGAAAAGGCAGAAGCAUGAAGGUGGGGAUGUACAAGAAGAACAGCAGGAAGAACAGGAUUAUAUCGAACCCGCGGCAUGUCCAAUUUGCAACCAAUUUUUGCACUUGGACAAUAUUGCUUUCAACCAACAUGUGGACGAGUGUUUGAGUAGAGCUGAAGUCAAAGCGAUUUUGCAGGCAGAAUCACAAAGACGGAAACACGAGGCGCGUGAGGAAGCAGAACGAUUACGAGAAAAAGGGAAUGGAAAGUCAUUACUCGAUUACUAUUCCCGUCCUUCCGCAUGAUAUGCAGUAGUACAAUAGAUCAUCCCUCUUCAUCACCAUGACCGUUCCCCACCACCCGUCAUCCUUGUUGUUCUUAUCCAUUACCGGCAUCAUCAUCCCACCUCUUCCUCCGCUUUUAGUGUAUAUUUUUUUUGCCCGCCAGCAGUAACAGCAGCAAAC